GGACCCCGACAGUGUAGUGCUGUGCGUCCUGGCCACGGACGAGGAGGAUGAAGGUGAUAUCGCUCUCCAGAUCCACUUCACCCUCAUCCAAGCUUUCUGCUGCGACAAUGACAUCCACAUCCUGCGCGUGUCGGGGAUGCAGCGCCUCGCAGCCAUCCUGGGGGACCCCGAGCCGGGGGCUGAGCCCCGAGACCUGCACUGCCUCCUGGUCACGAACCCUCACACGGACGCGUGGAAGAGCCAAGGGCUAGCGGAGGUGGCGAGUUAUUGCGCCGAGAGUCGCGACAGGAACCAGUGGGUUCCUUACGUUUGUCUCCAGGAACGCUGA